UGAUCUCAGCAGGGCCAUGUCCAGAUUUUUCUAAGCUUCUUUUCUCUCUUCUUCUUGUUGCCAUAAAAGGCUUUACUUCUUUUUCACAGCCCGCAUUAUCUGCUGGGAAAUCUUUUGGCAAAGGUUGGCGGCUUUUAGAGGAUGUACAAAAAGUUCUUCUCUUGGGCCCCCUUUUCUUCUUAUUUCUUCUACUGCAUCACCGCCAUCAUCAUCAUCACCUUCCUCCUUCUUUCUAUCUCUUCAUCUUUCUCUCUCGCUCUUCAUGACUAAUCUGAAUAACAUUGGAGAGCCGAGCAGUCUUGUGGUAUCACGUUCUACAGCAGGCAAAAUCAUGUUUUGAAGGGCCCUCUUGACGGAUUUUUUAGGGCCACUUGAGUCAUUCUAUGGUUGCUUUUAGGGUGAGAUGGAAAGAUGGACGGGUUGUAUUCUUGUUGUUUUCUUCUUUUUUUCGCCUUUUAUUUUUUCUUCUUCUUCAUGGAAUUUCUUCUCUUCUCUGUUCUUAGCGCUGGCAUCAGAUUGGCAAGACAGGGGAAAAAGACUAGGGAGGCAAUUAUUCAGGGCUACGGCUGGGAAAGACUGGGCAAAGGGUUAAUUAAAUAAAGGACAGGAAUGGACGGAGCUCGUUUUUUUUUCUUUAGGAUUUUUGUCUUUAUUCUUUUUUCAAGGGGUCGGAGCGACCACUUUGUAUGCAGGCAAGAUGGGGUUUGUGUGUGUGUGUGUGUGUUUUUUUUUCUACUCUGUUCAUAUUAGGGGAUUAUAUUUCUAGCCUCAUCCUCAUCCUUCUUCUGUUCUUCCACUCUUCUCUUUCCUUUUUUUUCCACUUCCUGGCCUCGUCGUCUUGCGUGCUGCAUGCUUGCUAUUGAUUUGGUCUUUUGUAUUAAUCUGACUGUUGACAUUGUUGUUUUCGAGAAAUAGGACGGGAGAGGAGAAAAAACAAGGGGCCAUCCUGUCGUCUUUCCAAUACCAGGAGGGCAUGGACUUUGGGGUUUCUUUCUAUAAACGGAUGGCUGAGUGGUGGGGGAAAAAACAAGGGUGAAGAAGAAAACUUUUUUGACAUUUUUUGCUGGGUUCACACCAGCUUCUUGAGAAAUUUCGCGACAUUUUCAUGCGCUUUAGGUAGGGGAAAGGGUAUUUUAAUGGGGAUACCAUGGCGACAGACGGCCGAGAAGUGAAAACGCUGUUGUUAGCAAAUUAGCCAUAGGAAGAGAUAUAGUUAAUAAAGUUGAUAUCCGUUCC